AUGGAAGAUGCAUCAUUUUCUUGGAAAGAUAACCCUUCUUUGUUCUCUCUUAAUCUCAAAAUCAGAAGAGAUGACUUGAUCGGAGUGAAAAGUGCUAUAGGUGCUGGCAAAUCAACGCCAGUAGCUGCUAUUCUUAGUGAGAUCAAUCUUAUCAGUGAACAGCUGAGACUAUAUGUUAAUUCGAUUUCCUACGCCUCACAAUCGGCAUGGACUUUUGCUGGCACUAUUCGAGCCAAUAUUCUUCUCGGCAAACCAAGGGAUGAAGAACGUUACAAGCAUGUAAUCAAGACAUGUUGUCUUGAUAUUGAUCUACAGAAUUUCGGUGAAGUUGGCGAUCUAUUGAUCUUUGGCGACAAAGGUGUCAAUUUGAGUGGAGGACAGAAAGCUCGAAUAUCGCUCGCUCGUGCUCUUUACGCUGAUGCUGACUUAUAUUUACUUGACGGUCCACUUGCUGUCGUGAAAUCCAAGGUGGCCAAGAGCAUUUUUGAUCAAUGCAUUGGUUUUCGUAGUCUUCUUCGUGGAAAGACUCGAAUAUUAGUUACACACCAGGCACAUUUUUUAGUUGAAACAGAUCAAACGAUUCUCUUAACGAAUGGUCACAUUGACGAAUUAUAUAUUGAACGACAGUCUGCAAUUGAGCGAUCGAACGAUACAUUAGAAACAGAUUCAUCCAACGACGAGGAGACAGAUUGGGUACCUAAGUUUGCUGCAACUGAUAUGAAUCCGAUUGUAAAAAGCGAGACAACAGUUGACGGUGCUAUCAAGUGGAGUGUUUGGCUACAGAUAUUUACUUCACCACCUUUACGUUGA